AACUCAGGAAGGCAAAGAACACACGACACCAUGUUGGCAAGAGUCCUUGUUUUAUCGUCUUUUAUCGCGCUCGGAUAUUGUAAAACAAUAAAUUACAAAGAUUGUGGUUCAGAGAGUGGAACAAUAAACUCGAUAGGCGUGACACCAUGCGAUGUUGAGCCAUGUACAUUGAAUCAUGGCACCAACUACACCGUCACUGUCAAUUUCACUUCUAAGGUGAAUUCUCAGACGGCCAAAACAUCGGUGCACGGGAUAAUUGCGGGCGUCCCCGUGCCCUUCCCGGUUGCUGAUGACUGCUGUGCCAAUAAGAACUUGAAGUGUCCCGUCGUCGCCGGCUCCACUGACGUUUACUCAAAUACGAUCUUCUGUGAUCCGUCAUAUCCCAAGAUCAAGUUGGUUGUAAAAUGGGAGGUCAUGGAUGCCAAUAGCAAAGACAUUAUCUGUUUCGAAGCACCACUUCAGAUAGCUUGAAAACAGAUUGGAGCGCCAUCUCUUUGGUUCAAUAAUGGCCACCGGAUUUUCAUUAAAGUCAAAAUAUACAGAUUAUGUGUGUUGGCAAUAAAUGUAUUAAAAAUCCACAUUAAACGAUACACGUUUCCUUUAUAA